GAAAGUGGCUGUCAUUAAUAUUUUAAUUACCACAAAUACCAGCGAUAGCACAACAAUUGACGCGUGAGUGGGAGAGGUGGAGACUCUUGUGACAUUUAAGCGCACUUAGGUGCAAUCGCGCUACAGGCAGCGACACGGAGAGGGGCCCUAAUGGAGACAGCAACGUUGCAGUACAGUCCCAUGGAGCACCAAACAGAAGCACUGAAGUUGCUACAGAAUGUGCGCCCUCACCAAACAGCGAUCAGUAGGCCCAGUAAACUUGGACUAGAAAAACAAGUGACAACCAUCCACGACUCGUCAGCAGCGGCCCGCACAAUAGCAGAAAAGGCGCGUGAAAGUGUCAUCCACGACUCGUCAGCAGCGGCCCGCACAAUAGCAGAAAAGGCGCGUGAAAGUGUCAUUACGCAGCUAAUCGAUAUUCUAACCCAAAUACUCACAGUCGAGGAAGAAAUCAGUCAUAGUUUGUUUCAGGAUAUGAGGACAUUUCUGCACCCUAAAGAAAGCAUAGAGCUGAGGAACAUCUGUGUGCGCAUGGCAAUGAGGGACUCUGACUGUCAGAAGGACCGGGACCUUAGAGAUCUGCAGGACUGUUUAAAAGCCAUGGUGGACAGUCUGGUGUCUUCUCUCAUCAAUGUGAACCAUCCCGUGGCCGUUCAGACAUCACGCACGCUUGAAGAGAUAUAUCUGAGCUUCCCUGAAAUCUGAAUAGCUAAUAUCUCACUUUACCUAAUCUCAGGGUUGAUAGCCUAUUGUUUACUUGAAUGUACUUUUUAAAUAAUUUAUUUUAUUUCAAAUUAUUGGAGGUGCAACUAUGUAGGCCUCCUUUGUAAAAAGGAAUGUCCGAAAAAAUGAUACUGGGGCAAAAAUGUGUGUUAUGCAAAGUGUUUUAUACAAAUCCUCCUUAAAGGCCUGAAGUUUCUGUCAGUUUGAAAAACCUACCAGUAAUUCCAGUUCCCAAAAGUUGUGUACUGUAUGUAGCUCCUUUCAGUAACCACGAGCACAACCGUUCCUUGAUUUCAACUGGCGGCUUUAUUCUGUAGUUUUAGUCAGAAUUAUCACCUUCCGUGAGAACUAUAAAGUAAAUGAAAAAUACAGUUAAGCACACUCUUACAACCUUAUCUUACGAGUGACUUAUUAGCUUGGUAUAACUCUGAAGUGCUUACAUACAUAACAGUUUAACCGGCGUUAUAACGGGUUCAGAUUAAACACACGAAUAAAGGAAAAAAUACCUCAUUAUCUGCUUAUUACAGAAGGGAGGAAAUCAAACUUCACACUUAUUAUUCCUGGCAUGAAUUCACACUUCAUCCUAACAUACACUCUUCAACCUUUAUGAACUACACCCGAUGACAUGAAAAC